UUUUUUUUUUGUCUUUAGUUAAUCAAUGACUCAAAAUUAUACUGUAGCAUCUGCACCAGGAAAAGUACUUAUUGCUGGUGGUUAUUUAGUAUUAGAACAAGCUUUUACAGGCUUAGUUGUCGGAACAACAGCUCGUUUCUAUACUGUUAUUAGACCCGAGACUCAAUCUAAAGCAGGCAUCAUUACUGUACGUUCACCACAAUUUGAGAAUGCAGUUUGGCAAUAUAAGACAACGAUUAAAAACGAACAUCUUCAGUUUGAAUCCAUUACUCUAGAUUCACAAAAUAAAUUUGUUGAAACCUGUUUAAAAUUCACUUUGAAAGUCAUUUUUGAGAAAAUAGGUUCAGAUCUAUUAAAUCAACUUUUAGCAAAUGGUAUUGAAGUUGUGAUUGUCGGUGAUAACGAUUUCUACUCUCAACGUGCUGAGCUUGAAAAGAAACAUCUUCCAAACACAGCAGAAGCUUUGGCUUCACUUGAACCUUUCUGUAAAACACAUGCCACAUUAUCUACAGUACAUAAGACAGGUCUUGGUAGUUCAGCCGCACUUACAACAUCUCUCGUUGCUGCAUUAUUAUUGUACUUUAGAGUUGUAACUGAUACACUCAAUGAGACGGAAAAAGUGUUAAUCCAUAAUGUAGCUCAAUAUGUUCAUUGCUUCGCUCAAGGAAAGGUUGGUAGUGGAUUUGAUGUUUCAUCUGCUGUUUGGGGAAGUCAUCGCUAUAAAAGAUUUAAUCCGGCUAUUUUAGCUCCUAUUAUGAACGAACAAGUUGAUUCAAAGACGUUGUCUCAAGAACUUGAUUCAAAUAACAAAAAUUGGGACAAUGAGGUGGCUUCUUUUAAGUUGCCUCCAGGAUUCAAAUUAAUGUUGGCAGAUAUCGAUGCAGGUAGUCAUACUCCUACCUUAGUGAGUAAAGUAUUAGCAUGGAAGAAAUCGAAGCCAGAAGAAGCUAUUUCACUUUGGAAUGAAUUGGGGGCAUACAAUGCAAAGGUCGAACAGCAUUUCCGUAAAUUAACUGAUUUGUAUGAAGAAGAUGAACAAAGUUACAAUGAAACCAUCAAGAUGUGUGCACAAUUAAAGUCAAAAGAAUGGUAUACACUCUCUGGAAGUGUUGCUGAAGAGAUUAUUUCACUAGUAAAUGACUUUAAUCAUGUUCGCUCCCUUUUACAAACAAUGAGUAAGUUAUCUGAUGUCCCUAUUGAACCUGAGGAGCAAACGAGACUUCUUGAUGCUUCUACUCAUGUCCCUGGUGUUGUUAUGGCCGGUGUUCCUGGAGCUGGUGGUUAUGAUGCUAUAUUCUGUAUUGUGUUAUCUGAGCAAUCAAAACAAAAUGUAUAUAAAGUAUGGGAAUCAUGGAAGGAAUUAAAUAUCGGUCCUUUACUUUCACAAGCAGAUUCACAUGGAGUAACGUCAGUAAAAUUAGACGAUAUUCCUGGCUUAAAUACAGUACUUUCAAAAUAAUAAAUUAUCAUCAUUUGCAUACAUAAUUUAUACGCUGAGCUUCAAUAAAUGGAUAAUGUAACAACAACGUUCAACAUUGACAAUCCUUUAUUAUCAGUUGUAAUUUUAAUCUUAUUGUUGACAAAAAUGUGAUUAUGUCUCAUAUCAGAAAA